GCUUCAUACAUCAAGAUGCGCUCCCUACUCCUUGUAAGCUUCCUCUUCGGCCUGGCCUGGUCCUAUCCGGAACCGGAGCUCUCGCCCUCGUCCCCGGCACCUGGGAACGAGACCUCCGAUGGGGCCGAGGUGCCCGCCUUCUCCCCUUUCAGCCUCUCCGAUGGCAGGUUCGCCCUCGGCGCCUUCGCCAAGGUCAACUGGUUCCAGGCCCAGGAGACCUGCGCAUCCUACGGGUACACGCUGGUGAGCAUCCCCUCGCAGGCGGACCAGAACAACCUGCGCAACUUCCUCUUCAGGUACGCCCGCUCGCAGCAGGAGCUCCUCAACGACCCGCUCUGGACCUCGGGCACCGACCUGGCCAGCGACAACAACUGGGUCUGGUUCAGCAACGGACGCACCAUCAACUACCGCAACUUCAAGAACGGAUCCCCCGGCGACUACAGUAGCGACCACUGCCUGGGCAUCAACGGAAUCACCGGUCUGUGGGAGAACGAGAGGUGCUCCGAGCAGCGCUACUUCGUCUGCGAGAAGCGUUGUCAGUUCGACGACGACGUUUACUAGCAUAGUCCGUCGCAAUUUGUUUAGAAACUGUUGGUGUUGGUGUUGGUUUAUUAAAAUAUCAGCCAAAUGUGAGCAUGCAAAAGUG